ACCCAUCAGACAAAGCCGCGCGGACGGAAGAGGGGGCGCGCUCCCACGGCCCUGUCACGAGCCGAGUGUGACAGUGUGGCAGCGAGAGCGCGCCUAAGGACCGCUAGCUCUCCCAUUAUAUUAGCAGCGAACCGCUGCGGGUCAUGGCAGACCGCUGCACGGAUUUGGGCCGCCGCUUUCAGUCGGGAACGUCAGGGUGGUGGAGAGGGAACCCCAAAACUCGGCACGGCAGGGUGGCCGCCUCCUGACAGCUGGCCCCGGCUUUUGAGAAUUCGUUGCUUCUUCGCCAUCGGCUCUGGAGGUGGGUGGACUAGACUGACUACUCGGGGCUACAUGCGCACGAUAUGCGAGCCGACGUCUUCAAGACUGAAGGCAGUCGGGAAAAGAAAGUUAGCGGCUCCGAUCCUAGCCAGGAUGGAUUAAAUGCACAGAACUGAGAGAAGAAAUUUGGAAUCGAAAAGGGAAAGAAAGAAACAGAUCUUAACAAGCGAAGCAAAGAGAGCAGCUAACUAAGCAACGCGAAGGACAUUCCCAUUGAAGGCUGAACUUUCAAGUCAAGAAACAGUUAACUGAUGUGUGGUGUGUGACAAUAUAGUACAUCUGUUGGAUAUGCAAUGAAAGUCAAACUGAAAUCGCUCCAGGCUUCAACGAGCACACUCGGGGCAAACGAAUCAGAAAAAUAAGGGGAGGAAAGGCACUGAGAAGAGGGACAGUUAACGGUACUGCUGUUUUGGCCCUGCCUCUCUCUUUUCCUUAACUUGUACUUUCUGCCAAGUAAGCUCUGCGUCUGCUUUGCUAUGUUUAUACAGCUUUGAAUUGCCUAUGUUCGUUGUUCGCAAACAUAAAAAAAAUAAUUAAAUCAGAGUCCGAUGAAAGAUUGAAGCAAAGCAGCCUGACAUCGCUGCCCUGCGUCCACACUCCCGGGACAGCGUCUUUUUUUCUAGAACUGCAUAUUAAAGAGUGCAAGAACGACUGCGCCACUCAGCCACCUCCUCAAGGAGUAUGGGCUGAUUUCGGGCUUACUGUGCCGGGACAGACUGGGAUAAUGCGGAAACCGUGCAACUGGAACUGGCUGCUUUUGUUGGUGGCGGCACUGGCACUUUGGGGUGUCCGCCCUGCAGAAGGCUGCCCGGACCUGGUCACUAGCCGCUGCAGUUGCACGGAUGAACGUUCUAAGGUCCACACAACGCCGACAGUGAGGAAGAAAGUGAUUUGCAGUGGGGAAGAGCUACUCGAGCCACCGCACCCAAGCCUGCUGCCCAACCGGACAGUGACCCUGAACCUGAGCAACAAUCGGAUCAGCGUGCUGAGGAACGGCUCCUUUCUGGGCCUGAGCGCUCUGGAGAAACUGGACCUCAAGAACAAUCUGAUCAGCACAAUCAGUCCUCAUGCCUUCCAGGGUCUGCUGGAACUCCGCAAGCUGGACCUUUCAAACAACAGAAUCGGCUGUCUCUCCUCUGAGAUGUUCCAUGGACUGCACAACCUCACCAAACUGAACUUGUCUGGGAAUAUCUUCUCCUCCCUGGAGCUGAGCCUCUUCCAAUCUCUCCCAUCACUCCGGCAGGUAGAUUUCAAGACAGAUUUCCUUGUGUGUGACUGUAACAUGCGUUGGGCACCAACCUACUUCCACAAACCUUUUAUUCGUCUGUCCGAAGAUACAAUCUGUGCUUUUCCCAGCAGCCUAAAGGGUAAACCACUGAAGGGCCUGAAGGAGAGUCAGCUGACAUGUGACGGGCCAUUGGAACUUCACACCCUGGUUCUGCUUCCCUCACUCCGGCAGGUGGUGUUUCAGGGAGAUCGUUUGCCAUUCCAAUGUACGGCUGCUCUAUUGGACCAAAGCACGUCACUUCACUGGAGACACAAUGGCCAGGUGGUGACCUCUGACCUGGAGCAAGGCAUAUCUCUAGAGGAGAGUGUGGUGCAUGACUGCACCCUGGUCACCAGUGAGUUGAUCCUGUCAAAUGUGCGAGUGACAUCAAGCGGAGAGUGGGAGUGUCUUGUGGAGACGGCACGAGGGAACACCUCCCGCAAGGUAGACAUUGUGGUUCUGGAGUCCAGUGCAUCCUACUGCCCAGCAGAGAGAGUUGCAAACAAUCGAGGCGAUUUCAGAUGGCCUCGCACACUUGCUGGAAUUACCGCUUUUCAGCCCUGUCUGCAGUACCAUUUUGCAGUUGAAGGCAACGUAGAAAAGAGAGCUUUGCGUCGCUGUGACCGCUCAGGACACUGGGAAGAAGGCGACUACUCACAGUGCCAAUACGUAAAUGACAUCACACGAGUUCUCUACACCUUUGUCCUGAUGCCAGUCAACGCUUCCAAUGCUCUAACAAUAGCUCAUCAGCUGCGCACCUAUACUGUGGAGGCCUCCACCUUCUCUGAUGCCAUGGAUGUCCUUUACGUGGCACGAAUGAUGGAGAAGCUUCUGGUGCAUGCUGGACUGAUUCGGGAGCUGUCAGAAAUCAUUUUUGAAAUGGCCAGCAACAUGAUGCAAGUUGAUGAGCAGAUUCUGUGGCGAGCACAAAAGGAGGAACAGGCUUGCAGCUCCAUCGUCCAGUCACUGGAAAAAAUCGCCAUGCUGAGUUUGAACUCCAAUUCUCAAGACCUGGCAAUGAGCUCAAGGAAUAUCGCCCUGGAUGCCUAUUUGAUCAAACCUGCUCGCUACACCGGCCUCAGCUGCACGGCCCUCCAGAGGCGAGAUGUUGGAGUGGGAGACAGAACAGACACGGGCCACGACAUGCUGCUCCGCUUCCGCUGCACCACCGGAGUGCUCAACGCCACUCUGCACAGCUUUGCAGUUAAGAACACCAUUGGACUUGCGUCGGUCAGCCUACCCCUGACUUUGUUUCCUCCUGCUGCGCCCAUGGACUGUAAACUCCAAUUUCUGGCCUUUCGCAAUGGUAAACUUUUCCCCAACACAAGCAACACCAGCAGAACAGUGGAGCAAGGAAAACGGCAUGUAGUCAACAGCCCAGUGGUCUACGUUGGACUUGAUGGCUGCUCAAGCUGGAACUUCUCAGAUCCCAUCACCAUUUCCCUGCGCCAUUCAUUCCCCGGAUCUGACUCUGUGGCAGUCCACUGGAACUUUGAUAUGCAAGAUGGCCGCGGUGGAUGGAGUCAAGAUGGCUGUGAGCUGAUCGGCAGUGACCCCAACAUCUCUACCCUGAUAUGCUUCCACUUCAACAACUAUGCCGUGCUGCAGGAGCUGCACAACAUUCAUCAGCCAUCCCUUGUGCCAGUAGAGGUUCUGCACCCUGUUAUUUACACCUGCACGGCCAUUCUGCUGCUCUGCUUAUUCACCGUCCUCAUCACACACAUCCUGCAUCACAGUUCAAUUGGGAUUUCACGGAAGAGUUGGCACACCCUCCUCAACCUCUGCUUCCGCAUUGCCAUGACAACAGCUGUGUUUGCAGGGGGCAUCACGCUCACCAGUUACUCUUCCAUCUGCCAGGCGGUGGGCAUUGCACUGCACUACUCUACCCUGUCCACCUUACUGUGGAUAAGUGUCAGCGCCCGCGUGAUCUACAAGGAUGCGGUCUGGCAGUCAGAGCGACCACCAGAGGGUGAGCAGGUCAUUCCUACACAGCGGCCAAUGCUCAGGUUUUAUCUCAUAGCAGACGGAGUGCCACUCAUCAUCUGUGGAAUCACAGCUGCUGUAAACAUUAACAACUAUGGAGACGCCAACCCAUACUGCUGGCUGGUGUGGCGACCAAGUUUGGGUGCUUUCUACGUCCCAGCAGGCUCUGCAGUGUUGGUGAGCUGGAUUUACUUCUUAUGCACCGUUUUCUGUCUGAGGAGCCAUCAUCAGCCAAAAGGACCGACAACAAUUGCCACGUCAUCCUCUUUGUCCCCAUUGCCCGAGACUCUGCCGGCACAUGGUGGGAGUGCCAGUUUGCCCUCCACAGACUCAGUAGUUGGAAUGAUGCAUGGCGGGAUGACAAUUGAGGACCAGUAUUCAGUGAAAAUGAGGUUGUUGGCACUGGUGAGCACUCACGUUCUCUUUGCUCUGCUCUGGACUUUCGCCGCUUUGUCUGUGCUGAGAGUUGGUGACGGUGAUCUGAUUUUCAGUUGCCUCUAUGGAGUGACGGCAGUGACCCUCGGGAUUUUCUUGGUGGUUCACCACUGCAUACGAAGACUUGAUGUUCAAAUAGCCUGGCUGGCAUGCUGCCCAGCUUACAGACAGUCACUGCCGAUGCCGGCUUAUAUGCACCCUUGUGCCCCAGGCGACACUGAAAGAGAAUCUCAGAUUUUUAUUGGCUGCCUCCCACCUGAUGUUGCUGCCACAGCUUCUGUGAAAUCCUCGUCUUCUCCCAGUGGGAGCAGUAAUCUCUCCAACCCAGGGCCUUGCAAACUUACAAACCUUCUACAGGUAGCACAAGAAAAUGGCACCAAUACCAACAAUGUGACCUUGAGUAUGUGCAGGCUGGCCUCUACGGCAUCAGCAGCAGGGACAAACAGCUGUGGCAGCGUGGGCUCUGGAUGCUGCAGUGCCACUGACAGUACCAAUAAACAUUUAAACAAUAACCUGCUGCAGCAGCAGCCCCUCAUGGCAGCAGCAGGCACUACUACAGCACCCCAGCCACAAAGAAGGGCAUACAAGGCUGGGAGCAGGACUAAGCAAAGCCAGUCUGCUCCUGGCCAGUAUCACCACAAAGCGCAUCACAGGCUAAAGACGUUAAGGAGCGCAGGGGGGAGCGCCAUGGCUUUGGGACCAGCGGGUUUAGAGCGCCUUACCCCACCACAAAAGAAAUCCAUUUCCAGUGAGAGUGCCAGCCUUCACAACAGCCAUUCCGAGAGCCAAGCUAGCCCGCUUCCCAAUGGCAAAAGGAAAGGACUGAGUGAAACCACAGCGACCAGUCCCUCUGAAGGCAGCGAUGGGGGAAGCAGUGGCAGACGGAAGCCAUAUCCGUUGGUUCUGCUCCCUUCAGUGGCCACCAGGGCAGCAGCGCUAUGCCAGGUUGCCCAGAAGCGAAGUGCCAGUCGGGAUAAUAUUAAGCUGGCAGCCACUGCAGAAAGAGAAGCAAAACGGAGCUCGUACCCUCUCAAUACUACUAUUGCUAUCAAUGUGCCCUCUGGCACCAGUCAGAAUGGAACACUGAAAGGGUCAGGGUAUGAAUUAGAUCUGAACAGCACAGACGACCCUCCAGGCAUUGGGGAAACAGGUGUGAUGAAGGGAGGAGUAUGGAAGAGUGAGACAACAGUGUGAAAUGUGUGGGCGGUCAAAAGGCAGAAAAGCAGACAGGCACAGGGGGAAAAGGAAAAAAUAAA